UACUUUCAUGAUCAUCUCUCAUGGAAUUGCUCUAUAGUCUUCUGUCACAUUCUAAUUUACUGUUGUAUUUUUACAGACAAUGAGGACUUACAAAAGAAUAUCUGAAAGGUGUAAUUCUCCAAAAGAUAUCAUAGAAAAAGCUUGCCACGCGAUUAUCUUCGAUAAUGAAAGCAUAAACGCCACGUCAAAGCAAUACCAAAUCCCGUACAAAACGUUGCAUCGUUAUGUAACUAAACUAAAAAAUAAGUUAGAAAGUAAUCCUAACCUCACGAGAGCUGAUUUGACCCUAGACACGGCCGGGUACAUAAGAAAUAGGCAGAUAUUUAGCGAUGACGAAGAAAACAAACUGGCAGCUUAUUUGAAGACGGCUGCUGAUAUUUAUUAUGGAUUAACACCGUAUGAGACACGCAAGUUUGCAUUUGAAUACGCAAAAAAGAAUAAUAAAACUAUGCCUGAAUCUUGGAAAACAAAAUUAAUGGCUGGCGAAGAUUGGCUUGGUAAUUUUUUAAAACGUCAUCCCUCAUUAUCAAUAAGAUCACCUCAAGCUACGAGCCUGUCUAGAGAUACGUCGUUCAACCAGAAAACCGUGAUAUCUGGAAUGUUGAUGAGACGGGACUUACAACAGUUCACGUGCCUAAUAGAGUCAUAGCUUGCCGAGGUAUUAAAAACUUGGGGAAAAUGACAUCGGCUGAAAGAGGCACUUUAGUAACGAUUGCAGUAGCUAUAUCAGCUCUCGGCAACAUGAUUUCCACUUUUUUUGUUUUUCCAAGGGUUCACUUCAAGAAUUAAUCUUAC